CGAUCUUAUCCUUCGUCUCUUGUAGCGGUCAAGGCAGUCAGUUGUAGCGUUUGCCAUUCAUUCGUUUGUCGUUUCGUUUAUGUUAAAAUGGCGUCGAAACAAGCUGCUGUGAAAGUAGUUAACUGGAGUCAACUUUUGGAACGUACAACCGCUCAAACUAGACCUAGAAUAUUAGCUUUUAAAAACAAGACUGAUGCUAUCGUGGCCGCUAAUUUAAAAGCAAAAGGACAGGAUGCAUCUAUCAAUUGGGAUCAUUAUCAGAAUGUAGUUACUGACCAAGCGUUGGUAGCUGAUUUCAAGCAAAAGUUUGAAUCUUUCAAGGUACCACAGCCAGUCGACAACAAAUCUGCUCAGCUGAACGAAAAAGCGAAAGCAGAUAUUGCAGCAGUCACUAAGUUCAAUGAAGAAUUGGAUGCAAAAAUAAAUAAUAUCAGAGUGAAUCUUGAUCGGCUACUUUCCCUCCCUGCUGUUGAGCAAUUAACCAUAGAUGACAUCUACGAGCACUUCCCUCAAAGAAGACCAGAUUACCAAAAAUAUCCAUAUUGGCCACAUCGUCACCCCAACGACUUGUCGAAGUUCUAUGAACAGUAUAGCUAGAUAUUCUAUAGUUCAUCACUUUUUUGGCAUGUGUUUCACUAAAUGUGUUAGAAAAUAAAUAAUAAAAUGUAUAUACGGUU